AUGGUAAUUGGCUUUGCCAUGUACUACUUCACCUAUGACCCCUGGAUCGGCAAGCUGCUUUACCUGGAAGAUUUCUUCGUCAUGAAAGAGUACAGGGGGUUUGGUAUCGGCUCAGAGAUCCUCAAGCUCCUCAGUCAUACGGCGGUCAAGUCUCGCUGCAGCAGCAUGCACUUCAUCGUCGCCGAGGGCAACCAGGCGUCGAUAGAGUUCUACAAGCGUCGUGGCGCCGCCGACCUCUCUCUGGAGGAGGGAUGGAGACUCUUCAAGAUCGACAAGAGCUCCCUCCUCAAGAUGUCAUCCGGCCCCGAAGAGUGAGCUGGCCCAGAGACACAGAAAGAUGGGGAUUGGAAUGAGAGACUUGGGGUCGAUUUCAAUUCAGUUAAUUAUUUGCCUGUCUCUCACUUCAGCAGUGGGGUGUGUGACUACUGACAAAAUAUUAUUAUUAGUAAAAAGGGGCAUUAAACAUUACUAAUCACUUAAUUUAGGGUUCAUGAAUACUUUUGUUUUAAUAGAUCAAGUAUUU